AUGCCUGAGGUCGUUCCAAGUCGAGUUGUUAGCUUUACGAGUGAAGAUAAAGCCUUUCCUGCAUCCAACCUUUUAAAAGGGUCGUCAUUCUCAAAAUGGUGUUGUGUAAGUGGUGGAAGCAGGCAAGAAGCUGUAGAAUUGAGUUUUUCCGAACCUAUUGAAAUUUCACGUUUAGAUAUUGGGAAUAAUGGUUCUGCCUUUAUCGAAGUGCUGGUACGAAGAUCUGCUUCAUCGGAUGACUCAUCGGUACUCCUGCCAUCCUCUUCUUUUAUGUCUCCAGUAGAUGCAAAAAACGAAACGAACCUUAACCGUGUCCGGGUAUUUAGUGGUGAUCAGUUUAUAAAGUCCAUAGCUUGCCAGAAAUGGGAUCUAGUCAAAUUUGUUUGCUCGCAACCGUUUAACAAAACUUUACAGUAUGGCAUUUCUUUCGUUUUCUUCCACACUCCAGCUAAUGCGAAUCCAGCAGCCGACGAUAAAAACCUUAAAGUAGAUAGCUUACUGAAUGACGAAGAAUCAGACUCAACUCAAUUCAAACCAGGUUCACUCUUUCAGGCUUCACGCCAGACAUCUUGUGAUAAAGACAAUUCACAGCCCAAGUCCUCAAUUUCAGAUAAAUUAAAUGCUUUGAAACAUUCAUCUAAUUUAAUUCAGAACGCGAAUACGUCAAGUUCAUUACUUGUGAGUCGACCAGACGAUCAUCAUAGUUCCUCUAAAGCCAGUACCAGUUCUCACCAGUCUCACUCAAGACCAUCUCCCACCAACACAGGCAUAAUACGUUCUUCACAGUCUCGCAUAUCAAAGAACAAAGAAGAAUACAAACAAUCAAAAACAUCUCAUUCAACCCAAAAACCUUUAUCAAAUGUUAUUCUGACUUUGAGUGGUUAUCAAAAUCCCUUAAGAAGUCAAAUCAGAGACAAAGCCCUGGAACUUGGUGCCAAGUACAGACAAGAUUGGGGUCCAGAUUGUACACAUUUGAUCUGUGCAUUUCCAAACACACCUAAAUUCAAUCUAGUUAAAGGUAAAGGUAUAAUUGUUUCCGAUAAAUGGAUUUUACAAUGCUACGAAACUAAAAGUAAUGUACCUUGGCGUAGCUAUAGAGUUGGACGUGCACCUAGUCCACCAAAUACUGCAACUCUAUCUUCUACAUUAAAUCAGUCUUUAAAUGAUGAUGAUGAUGAUGACGAUGGUCAGUCUCCGAAAUCCAAAUCAUCAGUUCAUAAAACUAAUCUUAGACUACGAGGAAAGAAAAAAUCAGAUGAUGACGACUGGCAACCAGGUUCUUCUGAUGAAGAAGCGGAUAAUGAUGACGACGAUAACGAAUUUCAGGAGACUGACGAAGACGAAGAUAAUGGAGAAGAAGAAGGAAGUGAUGAGGACUUAUCUGAUGAAUCGAAUCGAAGAAGAAAGCGUAAAUCGAAAACUAACAGUAAGAACCUACAAAAACGACCCCGCUCCACUACUAACGAUGGUUCUAAUGCCAAAAAAACUGGUGAAUGUUAAUGAUUCAGUGGGUUGAUAAACAAUUCUUUAAUCGUAAAAUUAAUUAAAAGAAUACUGUUCACGAUAGCGAUUUAUUGACUGAAAUUACUGAUUAAUCUUAAAUCAAAUAUAAGACCACUAGUCAGAAAAGUUGGUUUCCUAUGUAAUAAAGUGACAUGUUGUUAUAUCUAAAACUAGGAUUUUCGCUAUACCGCAUACAACUUAAGCACUCGAACGCUAGAACCCUUCAAGUUGGAUGUUAGAAGAUAAAAG